UGAUUCGACUCUUGCUGUCGACCGUCGCCGCGCUCGCAGUGCCAAGUCGCGACGAGAGUCGUACGAGGAACUGAUCGUACACUGAACGACAGACAACGCAUCGCAGGCGGAAGUGCUACGUUGGUGGCUGUGAACCGAUUACCCAUCUCAAUCCCUCCCUUAUAGACCACCUGCAGCACCUACAGGCAGGCUCCCAACUUGCCAGCAACAUGCCUCAACGCGACCCAGAUUUGCACAACGCCAUCUCGCUGCGCCCGUCGCCCUUUCACGCCCAUCCAGACCGGUCGCAUAACCACACGCCUGAGCCGAGCAGCAGACAUCACCAUGAACGUCCCGGGACGAGCUCCGCAGUCUUAUCCAAUGAUCACAAAUCCGUAGAGCCCAUAGCCCGGCCCGCAUAUACCCGCAAGAGCAGCGACAGCGAACGAGACGAUGUCGAGCGACAAAACAGCUUGCCAGAAUACCACGCCGAGCACGAUCCGUACAAGCUCCGCGACGGGCUCAAGGACCUAGAUGACGAGAAAGCCAAGCGCAAAGCCAACACCAGUGCCAAGCGAGUCUGCCAUCCUGUGGGCAACAGCAAAGAUAAAUGGAAGUCUCGCAAGAUCCUCCAAUUCUACGAGACGCAAAACGACAACAUCGAACGUCUCCUCAAACCUGUCGAUGACCAUGUUCGCGAAGCGAGGGAAGAGCAAGGCAGUGACGCCUUGCAGUUCAAGAUCGCCGUGAAUGGCUCCUUCGCCGCCAAUAUCAUCUUGGCCAUCCUGCAAGUCUACGGUGCCGUCUCCUCUGGCAGUUUAUCGCUCUUCACGACCAUGGCGGACAGCAUCUUCGAUCCUGCGAGUAAUCUCACUUUGAUCCUGUGCCAUCGUGCCGUGAACAAAGUCGACCCAAGGAAAUUCCCAUCGGGCAAAGCGCGAUUGGAGACGGCUGGCAAUAUCACAUUUUGCUUCUUGAUGACUGCCGUUUCAUUCAUCCUGAUCGUGUUCUCGAUUCAACAACUGGUACAACAUGCCGAUGAUGCCUCCUUCCAUUACCCAUCUGUCAUCGCGGUCGGCAUCGCCUUCGCGACCAAGCUGGGUCUCUUCUUCUACUGUUUCGCCUUGAGGAACAAGUAUAGCCAAAUCCGCAUCUUGUGGGAAGACCACCGCAACGACUUGUUCAUCAACGGCUUCGGUCUCAUGACUAGCGUUCUCGGCAGUAAAGUCAAAUGGUUCAUCGACCCCAUGGGCGCCAUCAUCCUCUCCGUCCUCAUCGCUUUUCUCUGGCUGAGGACUGCGUACCAAGAGUUCCAGCUCCUCAUCGGUGUCUCUGCAGACACUUCUUUCCUGCAACACGUGACAUAUAUUUCCAUGACGCACGACCCUCGCAUCAAACAACUCGAUACUGUUCGUUCUUGGCACUCUGGUCCCCGACUGAUGGUUGAGGUCGAUAUUGUCAUGGAUGAGCACCUCAGCUUGAAGGAGACGCAUGAUGUCGCUGAGGCUUUGCAGAUCAAGUUGGAAAGUCUGCCGGAUGUUGAGAGGGCGUAUGUUCAUGUUGAUUACGAAACGGAUCAUUCGCCGGAGCAUUUCUUGAAAAAGGAGUUGUAGAUCUUCACAUUGGGAGUUGAUCUACCUCCGAGCGUGCCGCGAGGACGGCGCUCGCAUACAGAGCGAUGGCACCACCUACCUUGGAAGGAGAACGGCCGAUACUCUUGUCACAUCGAGAUGAAGAUGUGUGGUCUGCUUGCAGAUGGAGGGUUUCUAGCUCGCACGAGAGCGAGUGAAAGCUAUGUCAUGAUGGAAUGCAUUGUAUGUUAUUUGUAAACACGACACGACCUGCGUGCUUCUUUGAAGCUGAAGAGGUCGGACGGUACACUGAGAGCCGGAACAAUUCACGGCAUGUGCCUUAUGCGAGAGAAGAUCUCUCGCUCGCAAGUCGGACCAAUACUCGUUCCAUGUGACAAUCCAUCUUCUCAAUGCAACCCCCAUACCGUCCCCGCAGCAAACCA